AUGGCGAUCGAGACCACUGAUACGAUGCCUGUCACAAUAAAUCCAACUUCUUGGCUUCAAAGCCUCCCCACCGAGGUUCUACAGUUCAUUUGUGCCCAUCUCUGCCGCCACUGUCAAGACAAAACUCUUAUUCCUCACUUUGAGCUUCCGUUGACAGACCAAAGUGCCCCGGAUCGUGAUACUACUUCGGCCAAUGCUGAAACUCUCAAAGACCUGUGUGCCCUCAGCCGCGUGUCGCGUCGGCUCCGGGACGUCGCUCAACCUAUUCUGUAUCAUGAGUUCCCUAGUCUUGAGCUUCGUGAGAGACGCCUAGAGCCCUUUCUUCAAACCGUCAUAGCCAGACCGGACUUGGCUAAGGUUGUGAAGACCUUGGCUUUCAACUCCAGCCUCGCGAACUAUUUGGACAUCAACCUGGCUCGAGGUCUCUAUCAACAGGGCCUCAAAGUUCUGGGAACCGAUGUGAACAAAGUCUGGCGUUCAAGAUGCGAAAAUAAUCUCCAACUCAGGCUACACAAAGCCUUGCACGCUUUUCUGUUUGGAGGCGAUGAAAACACUCCUGAUCAAGCGUGCCAGUUGAUGUUUGCCAGCGCUGAGAUUUUGGUUCUACUCCUUUGUUUAUUGCCUAAUCUGACCACGCUGAUGGUCGACGGACUCUCUAUUGUCAUGUUUGUCCCGCCAUCCGCUUUCGAAGUAUUUGGUAUCAGCAGUAUCAAAAUCAGACGCUUGUACGCAACUCGUCUGCCCCGUCCCAUUGUGGACGUGGCCCCCGAUCUGGAUGAGUUGGCAAUUGGACCUCGUGGUAGAGUGCGACAAGAGUCCAGGCCCGGGUCGAUAUCCUACUGGCGAUCAGACCAAGAGCUCAAUCAACAUAUCCGAUCCCCUCAAAGCGAGGAUAUUCAGGAUGUAGAGCAAAUGAUCACCUCUUGUAAACAACCUUUGCGGUCCUUUCGAUAUGACCUGCGAGAGGUCAAACGUCACAUAGCGGUACCAUUCCCCUCAAUCUCUUUUCUCCACGACUUCCGCACGACUCUCGAAUCUCUGCGCUUGGACUUUCGAGUGCGUUCUGUCUACAGGAACAAAAUACGAUCUUUGAAGAAAUUUAUCAAUCUAAAGGAUCUCUUUAUAACCACGAAUCUAAUCUAUUAUAGCACUCGCAACAGAUCAUUAGGUCCUGAGUCUCCAGGGUCCCUUACCUGCCUCUUGCCCAACAAUAUCGAGAAGUUGACGCUAGUCAACUACUCCGCAUAUCGGGCUGCUAAUGAUGACCUACACGUGGCGCUCACCACUUUAGCAGUUAGUAUGAGACAGGGAUAUUUUCCUCGACUGGCAUUAGUGGAAGUCUUGCGUAACAGGGCUGAGAAGCAGUUGAUUAGAAAAAUAUAUCGUGGCCAAAGCAACAGGAUACAUAUAGAGGGAGGUACCUGGAAAUGUGCACUUCCCAUAUAA